AUGUCCACAAUGCUGCGACUGCGCCUCGUUGCCUGUCUGCUGGCUCUGCUGACGCUGCGCGCUGAGUCGGCCAGCUACGAGGUCUUCCUCGAUGAGCGCAUCUUCCAGGAGUCCUGCGACAGCAAGGAGGACAAGGGCAAUGUGCCACUGAGCGAGCUGCUGGACAACCAUCUGACGAGCGUCCUGGUGGACGACACAUCCUAUAUGAGCGGCGACUUGAUUGUCAAGGCGCAACUGCCACCCGGGCACAUCAGGUUCGAGGCAGACAUCAGCCGCCGGGAGCGCGGCCGCUGGGUGCAAACAUUUGUCUCCCUCAAACGCGACAACUUCUGCAAGUCCCUGUUCGACCCAUUCGAGCUCUGGCACUUAUACAUCAUCACACAAAUACCCAGGCAACAGCGCAUAUGCCCGCCGCAGAAAGGUUUCGGAUCGGUCUGUCGGUCCGAUCUGCGGAAUGCGUACUGCCUAGGCAAACCUAUGCAAGAUUUCUUGCUGAUAGUCGCCAAUAGGAAUAGUGACAUAGACGAGGCUCAAGAAGAUAUAAUAAUAAUUCCGCUUAGCAUUGGAAAUGAUAGAAAACUGCAUGCAAAGAAGCGAAUUGAUGUUCGGUUUCUCUGUUGCUUGCAGCAUGUCUAUACUUUCCAGAAUAUUAGCAACCGAAUGCAGCUGGAGAACAUGCCCCGUUGGAACAUCGUGGGCGAUAUCAAGGCCGUGCUGCACUUCAGUGUGGGCAAUCUGACGACGUGUGUGGCUCUCUAUUGCACCGUCAGCUUGUUAUAGUUUGUCCUGAUUUAAAUAGGACAUCAACUCUAUGUAUAGCUCUUGGAUAUGCACCAUUUUGUUGCUGGCUUCCCCGUUGGCAGUUCGUUUGAUGUUUGCACUGAUUUAAU